AUGGCGACCAAAUAUAACUCUCUGCGGGAUCGCCAAAUAGCCUCGCUCAAGAAGAUCCUCAACCUCAACGAGACCAUUGAGUCGAGCGAAACGGAAGAGGCUCAUGCCAACGGACUGCUGGCCCCCGUCGCGCCAAUUCUCGACGCCGAAGGGAAACCCAUCUGGAAAGUCCUUGUCUUUGACGACCUCGGCAGAGAUGUCAUCAGCAGUGUCAUGCGCGUCAGCGAUCUACGCUCUAUGGGAGUGACGAUGCACAUGCACAUUGGUACGCCGCGAUAUCCCAUACCCGACGUGCCAGUCGUCUAUCUGCUCGAGCCGAAUGCGCGGAAUCUGCAGCUCAUGACGGAGGACCUGCAAAAGGGACUGUACUCGCCAGCCUACAUCAACUUCCUGUCGUCCAUCCCUCGAGACUUGCUGGAGGAAUUCGCGUCACAAACAGCCGAGGCAGGAACCUCAGACAAGAUUGCGCAGCUAUAUGACCAAUACCUAAACUUCAUUGUCGCCGAGCCGGACCUCUUCAGCCUGGGGAUGCAAAACGAGCACACGUACUGGGCUCUCAACAGUGCAAAGACGAGCGAUGCUGAGCUGGAUGCGGUGGUGGACAGGAUCGUCAGUGGCCUCUUUAGCGUCGUGGUGACAAUGGGCGCCAUUCCCAUCAUCCGCUGUCCCAAGGGUGCCGCCGCAGAGAUGGUUGCGGUACGCCUCGACCGCAAGCUGCGCGAUCAUAUCCUCAACUCCAAAGAUAACCUGUUUUCCAACUCGCGGUCGUCGGCCGGCACGCCAAGCUCCAGGCCUGUGCUGAUCCUCCUCGACCGCAACGUGGACUUGAUACCCAUGCUUUCGCAUUCAUGGACAUACCAAUCCCUCGUCCACGAUGUCCUCUCCAUCAAACUCAACCGCAUCACAAUCGAGACGCCCGUCGACGAGAGCAACCCCGCCAAGGGCAAAUCGAAGAAGGGCUACGACUUGACUGCGAACGAUUUCUUCUGGAUAAAGAAUGCCGGUGUGCCAUUCCCGCAGGUGGCGGAGGACAUUGACGCAGAGCUCACCAAGUACAAGGAGGAAACUGCUGCCAUUACGAAGACGACGGGAGUGUCGAGCUUGGAAGACUUGCAAAACGACACGAGUGCGAGCGCGCAGCACCUCAAGGCCGCCAUAACAUUGCUGCCAGAGAUGCGGGAGCGCAAGAGCAUUCUGGACAUGCACAUGAACAUCCUGGCGGCGCUAUUAUCAGGCAUCAAGGAUCGACAGCUGGACAACUACUUCCAGACGGAAGAGAACGUUAUGAAGCAAACAAAGGCCCAGAUUUUGGAAAUCAUCAAGGACGAGAACAAGGGCAACGACCCUACAGAUAAGCUGCGGCUGUUUAUCAUCUGGUUCCUGAGUACGGAGCAGGAGGUCGGGCGGGCGGAUUUUGAAUCGUUCGAGAAGGCCCUUGAAGCGGCAGGCGCGGACGUUUCAUCACUGCCGUAUAUCCGACAGGUACGGGCCACGACGAAGAUGACACAACUGACGACUAUCAACAACAACUCCAACCAGCAGGCGGCCUCGUCUGAUUUGUUUGGACGGUUCUCUUCCAUCUCAUCCCGCUUGACGGACCGUCUCAAGGAGACGGGUGUCCCGUCUGGCCUGACAUCGAAUUUCGAUUCUCUCAUCAGUGGAGUCAAGAACUUUUUACCUGCGGAUCGUGAUCUCACGAUUACCAAGAUUGUCGAGUCCAUCAUGGAGCCCUCAACGGCCUCGUCCUCGGCAAUAGCCAAGACGGAGAACUACCUGUACUUUGACCCUCGCUCCGCCAAUGCGCGAGGCACCAUGCCUCCGCCGAGUGCCAUCCGGUCAGGGGGCGCGGGGAGCGCGCCGGGUGGGCUACCAGGCGCUGCGGGGACUGGCCAGACUGCCAGCUUCGGACAGCGACGACAAGGCUUCAGCGAGGCGAUCGUCUUUACCGUUGGCGGCGGCAGCAUGGAGGAGUACGGAAACCUGCACGAGUGGGUGAGCAGGACAAGCGGCGACCGGGCACGCAAGCGGGUGGUGUACGGCAGCACGGAGAUGAUUAACGCUGGGCAGUUUAUUCGGGAGGAGCUGGAGAGGCUGGGCAAGGAGGUCUCGUCGUAG